AUGACCAUCACCGACCAGGAAACCUCAGAGCUUCGAGCUCUAUGCCCAGGCGCAACUUACACACGAUCCGACGACGAGUUCUCCACCAAAUCGGCGCCAUGGUCAGUCUGGGCAGACCGUCAUCCACAGCUUGUCGUCGAACCUCGAGAUCUUCCCACAAUGCAGCAGGUUGUCAAGUAUCUCCACACCCACAAAGACAUCGACUUCUGCAUCGGUAACACCGGCACAGGCGGAGCAUCUGCCUCCGACGUUUGUCCCAGCAUGCACGGUUUCAAGGACUUUCUCUGGGAGCCAAGUACGGCGACCGUCACUCUAGGUGCCGGCUGGUCAUGGGGUGAAGUCGAUAAGUUGAUGGAAGAGAAGACCGAUAGCUACGCCUGCCUCUUCCCCCGCGGCACCUGGGUAGGAGUCACGGGCGGCGCCCUCGUCGGCGGGCUCAGCUGGCUCAGCCACGAACACGGCAUGAUCUCCGACCCUCAAAACCUCCUCGACGCCCAAGUCGUCCUCCGCGCGGGGAGGACAGUCUGGGCGGCGAAACAGGAACCAGAUCUCAUGUGGGCUCUCCGCGUUGGAGGAGGGAAUUUUGGCGUCGUCACAGCACCAAAGAUGCACGCGAAGAAAGUCCCCAAAGACAUCUUCGCAGGCAUCAUCUCAAUCCCGUACUCCUCCCUCGCAGAAACCAGCAAAGCCGUCGCAGCCAUGCACGCCCGGCCCUCAGACCCUAAAGUUGCUAUGCACAUCACGAACCAAGGUCCCGGCAUGGGAACUCCCGACCAAGGCGCGAAGCCCAACAUCGCAAUAAUGCCCAUCGACUUCCAUGGCGAAGCCCACGCCCGCAGCGAAGAGGGCUUCGCCUGGGCAUGGAACCUCCCCGGUGCUGUUGAAACGGUCGGAACAAGCUGCUCGUUCAAAGACGUCAACGCCCUAGCCGACAGCUUCAAAAACUACCAAGGCAAGAACAUGUUCUGGCUCUCCGCCCCCCUAAUCUCCUCCCUCGACCCCCAAACCCUCAUCCGCGCCUUCAAAUGGUACGAAGACUCAUACCACCUCCACCACGCCUUCGGCACCGGCAGCACAGUCCUCCUCGAAUUCAUGCAAGAACCCGCCUUCAACUCCACCCCCUCCAAAACCUCCACAGCCUGGCCCCGAGGCCGAGGGCGUCGGCACGUAAUGCAACUCGUCCUCGGCUGCGAUCCUAACGAGCACCCUAAAAAUGGGAUGGGGAUAAGGGAACUGGUGAUGAAGAGGUUUGAGGAGGCGGGGCUGGAGAUUGGGGGGAGAGAGGCGUGGAUGGGGGAGUGGCAUGCGGGGUUUUUGCAUGAGUGGAAUGAUUUGGAGGAGGUGUUUGGGGAGAAUUGGGGGAGGUUGAGGGAGGUGAAGAAGUUUCAUGAUCCCGGGAAUAGGUUUGAUAAGGGGGUUGAUUUGGCGGAUGGGUGGGUUACGAGGGGGAGUAAUAUGGCGUAA